AUGGACAAACUAACAAAAAUAAACAAUAAUGAACUAAUGGAGGAGGUUCGAGCUAGAAUUACGGCGAAUUCUCUAAGUGAAAGGGAAAUUAAUAAUUUAACUUUUGCUAUCAUCAAACAAACCGGAAAGUGUCUUCUUUGUAGCAAAAUGGAAGUAAUCAAUAAGUUAAUGGAAUUAAGUGACGAAGAAUUACAGAGAUUUUUGGCAGUUAGAGGAUCAGCAGAAGAAAAUAUUCGCUAUUUAGCACUAAAACAAAGGGUAAUUACCGAUUACCAAGCCCGGGCUAGAAAUAAAAAAACGCAAGCCGAACUAAAAGAUUUAGGGGAAGCAUCGCUGGAAGAUGUAUUUACCAAAUUAGAUAAAAAAAAAUUUUCGAAAGAUUCCCGUCCAGUUUUAGUAAUUAGUAAUAAUGAACGGAAUGAAUAUGACGACUCAGCAGUGGCUUUGCCAUUUUCUACGGAAGAUAUUGAAAAUAUUAAAACUUUUGAGGUUUUUAUCGCCAAUACUCCGGAAACUGGCUUAGAUUAUCCCAGCAAAAUUAUUUGUGAUUCUCCUUUUACCUUGAAUAAAGAAAUGCGUUUUAAAAAGAAAAUAGGAGUAGUAAGCCCAGAAAUAAUGGAAAAAGUAAAAGUUGCUUGGUGA